ACACAGGGGAGCGCAAUGUCUCCAACAUGGUGAUUGUUGAUGUGAAGAUGCUGUCAGGAUUUGUCCCCUUGAAGUCCUCAGUGAGGAAGCUGGAAGGCCACCCUGUUGUUGAGCGCACAGAGCUGAAUACCAACCACAUUCUGCUAUACCUGGAAAAGCUGGGCAGGGACACCCUGAGCUUCUCCUUCACGGUGGAGCGGGACAUCCCCGUGCGGGGCCUGAAGCCAGCCCAGGUGAAGGUCUAUGACUACUACGAGACAGAUGAGUUUGCCACACAGGAAUACAGUGCUCCCUGCACCACAGCUGAGGAAGAACAAGGAAAUUCCUGAAGAAUGCAUCUUGUCGGAGCCUUGCUGUAUCACUCAUGUGUUUCUGCUCCUAGAAGAUCUUGUUAAGGGAGUGGUAUUGAAAAGUUAGAGGAGGACACCUCAAAAGCAAAAAGGAAGCAACACUGUAAAUAAAUUAAUUCUUGAUUCUCA